CUGGCAGGGUUCCCUUCCUGUGCUGAUGUCAUCAGUGCGCGGCCGAGCUAGGCCCACGUGGUGCGGCGGGGAGGACGCGGGACGAGAAGCUGUUCCGAAGCCGAGCAGCCAUGUGGCGCGCUGCCCGCACGUUUCUGUCAGGUCCGUAUCAAUCUGGCGAUACCACAUAUGUACAGCAUUUCUAGUUCCAGAGUCGCAAUUGGAUCCUCUGGGUCGGUUCCUGUUCCUGAAGCUGCGAAUCCAUGAGAGAGUGUACACCAUUGGGAAUCUCUACCUGCCAAAUACCAGACAAAGCAGAGCUCUAUCAGCUUGUGCUAAUUGUUUGGUGCAAAGAUUUUCUACAAGAACAGAACAGCUCUCUUUGAACUUGCCACAAAGGUAUCUUGGACAACCAAGUUAUUUUACCCAUGCACAUCUCUUAAAGAAAGGGGAGGUCACCCCAGGAUUGACACAGACAGAGUAUGCCCUUCGUCGUCACAAGCUGAUGUCUAAUAUACAGAAAGAAUCUCAAGCUUUGGGCCUUGAAACAGAUCAUGCUGCAGUGUUCUUAUCAAGUGCUACAAUGUUCAUGUCAAAUGACAUUCCAUUUCCUUUUCAUCAGAACAACGACUUUCUCUACUUGUGUGGAUUCUUGGAGCCAGAUAGCAUCCUUCUUUUACAAAGCAGCCCAGGGCAUCCAAUGCCAUCUCACAUAGCCACGCUCUUUGUCCCACGCAGAGACUCUGGACGGGAAUUAUGGGAUGGACCUCGCUCUGGUCCAGAUGGAGCAGUUGCACUGACUGGCGUAGACCAAGCAUAUCCAAUAGAAGAAUUUAAACAUGUAUUACCCAGGCUAUUUGAUGAAAAGCUGACAUUAUGGUAUGACUAUGUGAAACCAUCUCAUCAUUCUUUACACUCUAACUACAUACAGCCUCUACUAGAGUCAAACUCCAAGGUCAAAAAUAGGAUCAAGUCUACACGGCUCCUCACACAGAAUCUUCGUUUAAUAAAGUCUGAAGCUGAAAUUAAGCUUAUGAAAAAAGCAGGACAUAUUUCUUCUCAUGCUUUCAUAGAGACUAUGCAUUGGUGUAAGGCUCCAGUGGACGAAGCUUUAAUAUAUGCCAAGUUUGAUUUUGAGUGCCGAUCCCGAGGUGCUGAAAUUCUUGCUUACCCACCAGUGGUUGCUGGAGGAAACAGAGCUAAUACACUGCACUAUGUGAAUAAUAAUCAGAUAGUCAAGUCUGGGGAGAUGGUUCUGUUGGAUGGUGGCUGUGAAGCAUCCUGUUAUGUCAGUGACAUUACCCGUACGUGGCCUGUGAAUGGCAAGUUUUCUGCUGUACAAGAAGAAUUGUAUCAGUCUGUACUGGAAGUGCAAAAGUCUUGCCUUAAUCUUUGCACCCCAGGCACAAGCCUGGAGAACCUCUAUAGUCAUAUGUUGACUCAACUGGGAACCGAACUCAGGAACCUAGGCAUUGUGCAGAAAAGUUGCAAUGACAGUCGACUUUUCAAAGCUGCACGUAAGUACUGCCCACACCAUGUUGGACACUACCUAGGUAUGGAUGUGCAUGAUACUCCUGAUGUGUCCCGAUCUAUGCCACUCCGGCCAGGCAUGGUGGUGACUAUAGAACCAGGCAUUUACAUUCCUGAGUAUGACACUGAAGCUCCUGAAAAAUACAGAGGCAUAGGAAUCCGCAUUGAAGAUGAUGUUGUGAUCACAGAACAGUCUCCCUUCAUUUUGUCAGCUGAAUGUCCCAAAGAAGUAUAUGAGAUACACCAAGUGUGUUUGCAAGGUCACUGAUGUAGCGUAUACUGUAUAAAAUUUGUAUGAAUUUUCUUAAUGCAGAAGUGCCUCAUUUAAGACGUUACAUUUCCGCUUGCUAGUAAAUAAUACAUGCAAAUAGUAAGUUGUACAAGACAUAGGUCAUUCAAUAAACAUUUAUUGUCCCUUUUAAAUGGAUAAGAUGAAUUCAAACCAAAUAAAACUCU